AUUUUCAGCAUGCAACAAGUGGACUUGGAAAUCGAGGAGAACCUGGAACAACACCGGACGGAUGGUUUCAGCCACUCCAAAACUCUGGUGGUCCGAAGAGGAGCGCCGUUCAGAGUCAGUUUGCCCGGGACAGCUCGCCCUUUUGACACAUUGAGGGUCAAAAUCAUGCUUGGCCGCUUGUACGUGACGGUGCCUGUGAGUCCUUCCCCGAACUGUCCGCCGUCCCGUUGGGGUGCUUUUAUGGACCCCGAGGGAAGCGCGAGCAAGCCCUCGGUGUUCAUCUGGAGCCCCGCUUCGGCCUCAGUGGGACGUUAUACUUUUAAGAUGUUGGCAUUCGUCCAGGACAAGCUGAAGUUUCGUGCUUCGGGCAAGUUCAUCUUGCUGUGCAACCCUUGGUGUCGUGCUGACAGUGUCUUCAUCCCAUUUGAGGACCAGCGAGAGGAAUACAUCCAGGAUGACUCAAGUUUGCUUUUUAUGGGGACAUCUACCAACAUUGUGUCCAGACCUUGGUCCUUGGACCAGUUUGAACCUGACGUCCUGGAAGCGUGUCUGAACUUGCUUGACGUCAGCCCUCAGCACCAACGCAAUGAAAAAAGGGAUUACCUGUACCGCAAGGAUCCGGUGUACAUCAGCCGAGUGGUUUCAGCCAUGAUCAACUGUGAGGAUGAUCGUGGUGUCCUGAAGGGUAACUGGUCGGGCGACUUCAGCGGCGGCGUCCACGCGUCCUCUUGGACGGGCAGUGGCGACAUUCUAAGGAGUUGGGCCCAAUCCGGCUUCCGGCCGGUCAAGUACGGCCAGUGCUGGGUGUUCGCCGCCGUCAUGUGCACAGUCAUGCGUGUCCUGGGCAUUCCUUGCCGCGUCGUCACCAACUUUAAUUCGGCUCACGAUACCAAUGGCAACCUGGUCAUCGAGGAGUUCUACAGCGAAACGGGCAAGAAGUUAAAGAGCACCAAAGACUCCAUUUGGAACUUCCACGUGUGGGUAGAGUGUUGGAUGACUCGACGAGAUUUGGACGGGGACACGGACGGAUGGCAGGUUUUGGAUCCCACCCCGCAGCAGAGGAGCAGAGGCGUGUUCUGCUGCGGUCCGGCGCCUGUCAAAGCCAUCAAGGAACGGCGCGUGAAUCUGGUCUACGACGUUCCUUUCGUGUACGCAGAGGUCAAUGCCGACGUCCACACAUCGGUGGUGAGCCAAGGUCGCGUUGUGAGCCGUACCGUUGACACUGAGCGAGUCGGGCCGAUCAUCUGCACCAAAGCCGUCGGAUUCCCCAGGAUGCACAACAUCACCGGGGACUAUAAGAACACUAAAAGUCCGUUUUCCACUCUCACAUCCAACAGCUCCUCCCACUCUGAGAGCUCGACUCUAAGCCGAAACACAGACAAAACAUCCGCCGUCCUGAUGCUGGAUAAACCCCCCGUGGCCGGCGCCGUCAUCCGUUUCACUGUGAAAGUGGUCAACGGGCAGCGCGUCGCCAAGAUGAUGAAGGUCCACCUCAACGCGCAGAUCAAAGAGUACAACAACAGCCCCGCCGAUACCUUCUGGGAAAACCACGGCGUCCUCCAACUGGGCCCCCUGGAAGUGAAAAUUCUGAGGCAGCAGAUCCUUCCGGAGGUGUACGAGGACGUGGUGGGGGACGACAUGGUCAACCUGGCGGCAGUGCUGGAGGACGUGGCCACUCACGAGCGCGUGCUGGCGUUCCAGGAGUUCAACGUGACUGUACCGGAACUCAUCAUAGAGAUCCAAGACGAGGACAACGUAACGCUCAACUGCGAGCACGCGGCCACCGUCGCCUUCAGCAAUCCGUUCUCGCAUCCCGUAAGCGGCGUGCUGAGCGUGUCCGGCGCCGGCCUCCUGCGAGGUCACGUCAACUUCAGGAUGUUCCCGUUGCGUCCGGGUGGAAGCGGGAAGCAACGCAUCAAUAUCCUGCCCACCAUGGCGGGGCGGAAGAUGCUUCAAGCUUCGCUAAUGCUCUCCAACAAGGCAACUGUCAGAGGAUUCAAAAUGGUCUCCGUGCGCCGUCCUUAG